AUGACCGCCGCUGUUCUGUUGGCGGGGUACGACGAGGACUCUCAAGCAGCUGCCACUCUGGCUGCAGCGCGAAUUCUCGACCAAGCUUCCAGCGAAGCAAACGCAACUGCCCGCAUCUCGCAGCUGGCGCAGACUGGCAGGCCUCAACAGGCCGCACAGAUCCUGCUCGAGGAGCUGGCCGCCAGCCGUGCGAUCGAGCCCUCCGCCUUUGACACACUCAUCGCUGCCUUUGCUACCCAGGGCUGCGCAGAGGAAGCCACUGAAUGGUUCCAUCGAAUGGCUGCAUGUGGUUGCAAGCAAGGAGUCAAGGCCUGCUCCGCCCUGGUCACUGCCUGGACUGUGCGCAGGGACGCUGCGAAAGCUGCAGAGGUGCUCCAAGAGCUGGAAGAGCAUGGCAAGGAUUUGGACCAAUACGCCUACACAAGCGUAAUCAGCGCCUUCGCGGACAAAGCGAACACUACCGCCGCCAAAGACUGGUUCGAUGGUAUGGCUCGCAAAGGCUUCACGCCUGAUGUGGCCGCUGCAAAUGCAGUGCUGAAGUCCUUGGUGCAGACGAACCUUAGUGCCGCGCAAAGCUGGCUCCAAUCCAUGCCGCAGCAAGAGCUGUCCCCGAGUCUGAGCUGA